AUGUUGUAUUGCGAUUACAUGGAAACUGCAUGGACGCCAGACGUCAUCGGACCGAUAUACAAAGAAGAGAGUACCAGCUUGCGAGAGGUAUUAAACGCUCACCGAGACGACAAUUGCACUCGAAUAAUGGCGACAUUCGUUCCUGAUGAGUUAAUAUACGAGAGCGACUUGUCCAAGAAGAAUUUCCGUAAAUUUACCGCGGUCAUGGCGAUGAUCAGCCUGACGCAAUUUGUCGGUCUCUACAAAAAAUACGUCAGUGGUGAAAAUGGCGGUAGCUAUGCUCUGUUCUCUCUUCUGAACCGUUACAUAAAGAUUAUAAUCGAAGAAGUGUACCUCACUCACGGAGACGUGUUGAAAUUCUCUCGUACGUCUAUCGAUUUCCAUUGGUAA